GCCGCGGGGAGGGGGGAGCGGCGGCGCUGCUCAGUGGCGACGGGCGGCUGAGGAGGCGCCGGAGGGAGGCGGCUGCGGCCGGCAGGUUUGUUUUCAACAGGAUCAGUUCCCUGUUUCCACUUCUGCAAGCACUAGUACUGGAGCUGUGGGUGGGGGAGACAGCACGGAGGGGCUGUGCUGUUGCUAAAGGAAGUGACACGGAUCCAGUGCCCGUGUACCCAUGGGGCUGUGAGCUGGCUCCUUCUGGAAGUGGUCCUGCCUGCCUCACCCUCACCAGGGUCCACCUGAGGUGAAGAUUGUGCAUUCAGGAGCUCUUCCUUUGGCGUUUCUUCCAAAUGCAUAAGUGAUGCCUGCAUAGGAGAGAGGCCACUGAUAACUUGGUACAGCCCGUAGGUUCACAUCUUUUCCUGGAUCCAUGGAGUCAAGGUUAUAGCUCCAAGUGAAGAACUUUGCAAGAGGAGUUUUUAGAGAAGUACUAUUGGUGGACCUGAGAAAAAAAGGACAUCAACAUCUGAGAAAUGAAUAAAUUACGGCAAAGCUUUAGGAGAAAGAAAGAUGUUUAUGUGCCGGAGGCCAGUAGGCCUCAUCAGUGGCAGACCGAUGAAGAAGGCGUUCGUACUGGCAAGUGCAGCUUCCCUGUUAAGUACUUGGGACAUGUGGAAGUGGAUGAAUCCAGAGGAAUGCAUAUCUGCGAAGAUGCUGUGAAGAGACUGAAAUCUGAAAGGAAGUUCUUCAAAGGCUUCUUUGGAAAAACUGGGAAGAAGGCAGUUAAAGCGGUCCUGUGGGUAUCGGCGGAUGGACUCCGAGUUGUAGAUGAGAAAACGAAGGAUCUGAUAGUUGAUCAGACAAUAGAGAAGGUUUCUUUCUGCGCGCCAGACAGGAACUUUGACCGGGCGUUCUCAUACAUCUGCCGAGAUGGCACCACCAGGCGCUGGAUAUGCCACUGCUUCAUGGCUGUGAAGGACACGGGGGAAAGGUUGAGUCAUGCCGUGGGCUGUGCGUUCGCAGCGUGCCUGGAGCGAAAGCAGAAGCGAGAGAAGGAGUGUGGAGUCACUGCCACCUUUGAUGCCAGCAGAACCACAUUCACUAGAGAGGGGUCAUUCAGGGUCACUACAGCUACUGAACAAGCAGAAAGAGAGGAAGUUAUGAGACAGAUGCCGGAUGCUAAAGCUGAAACAGAAGUGAAGACAGCAGCAGCAGGUGCUGCCCCAACUACUACUGCCCCCUCUCCUGGCUCACCAGCUUCUCCUACUGCUGAAGUCACUGCCUCUGUGGAGAAGGAAAUGAGCAACCCCCACGCUAUCCCACGGAGGCACGCCCCUAUAGAACAGCUUGCCAGGCAAGGCUCUUUCAGGGGCUUCCCUGCCCUUAGUCAAAAGAUGUCUCCUUUUAAGCGCCAGCUGUCCUUGCGAAUAAAUGAACUGCCUUCAACAGUGCAAAGGAAGACGGAUUUCCCCAUGAAAAACUCAGUCCCAGAGGUGGAAGGGGAAGUGGACAGCAUUAGUGCCCUGUGCUCACAGAUCACCAGUGCGUUCAGCACGCCGUCGGAGGACCCUUUCUCUUCAGCACCCAUGACAAAACCUGUGACAGUGGUUGCCCCACAGUCUCCUGCCUUUCAAGUUAAUGGCACUGCCUCAGCCUUCUGUGUGCUUGCUGCUAAACCAUCCCAAGCUGCUGUAGUGUCCACAGCUAUGCCAGUUCGUGAAACCAAUCCCUGGGCUCAUGCUCCUGCUGCUAAUACUGGAGCUGCAGCCAUGGUCUCUGGCACCGAAUGGAACAGCAGCACCCCAGGCACAGCCUCACCAAGUCUCUUCCAGGGAAAUCACAGACGUACUCCCUCAGAGGCAGACCGCUGGUUGGAAGAGGUCUCAAAGACUGUCCGUGCCCAGCAGCAGCCAGCCCCAGCCGCACAGCCGCCGCUGCAGCCCCCUCCGGCCGCUUCCCAGGCAGCAGCCGCCUACCCCGUGAGCACCUUCAUUGCGCCUCAGCCUGUGCCGGUUGGCGUGGUGCCGCCCAUGCAGCCACCCUUUAUUCCAGCUCAGCCCUACGCCGUAGCAAAUGGGAUGACCUACGCGGCGGCCCCAAGCGUACCUGUGGUGGGAAUCACGCCUUCCCAGAUGGUAGCCAACGUCUUCGGCACGGCGAGCCACGCUCCGGCUGCCCAUCCGCACCAGUCGCCCAGCCUCGUCAAACAGCAGACGUUCCCUCAGUACGAGGCCGGCAGCGCUACGGCCAGCCCUUUCUUCAACCCGCCUGCGCAGCACAACGGCUCUGCGGCUUUCAAUGGCGUUGACGGUGGCAAAUGGGCUGCAGAGGACAAGCACCCCCAACCUCCCGCGGCCGCCCCGCAGGUAGACCCGUUUGAAGCACAGUGGGCAGCACUGGAGAGCAAGGCAAAGCAGCGCACGAAUCCCUCCCCGACCAACCCCUUCUCGAGUGAUUUACAGAAGACAUUUGAGAUUGAACUUUAAGCGGCCCUGUAGGCGGUGAAUAACUUGUACAUUAGGCUAGAGGGAUAAAGGGAGCAGAGGGGACUGUUUCUCAUCCAUUUGCUUUGAUAAUCCCAAAGGUCCCUUCAAAUGAAAAUGGGUUAGAAAGAGGGAGCAAUGAUGGGGAGGAUAUAAAUGUAUACAGAAUUUCACGUGCAGUUCUCAAAAUGAACCCUGGAGCCACCUCGGUCUGCAUUCCCUCUUCACUUGGAAAGCUGGAAGUCACACAGCAGAGCUGGGCGCCCGGUCCUGCAGAAGCAUCAUGUAUCUCAGAAAGGAUGGGAGACCUCAGACCUGCGACCUUCCAAGGCCCCGUAAGUCCUGGACAUUCCCCCCCAGGGAAGAAGCAGGGUUGGGGUGGGGGAAGUAAGGAGGGAGGUUGUCACCUGCUUAGCAGAAGCCAGGUCUGUGAAAAAAGUUGGGCUUCCAUUUUGAGUAAAAAAGUGAAUAUUAUAUGUAAAGACUAAAGUAAAGCCAAAAUCUUUAUUUUUAUGCAUUUAGAAUAUUUUAAAUAGUGGAUAUUAAAAGAUGUAUGAGUUGUAAGUAAUCUUGCCAAAGGUUUAAAAAAAAAAGGGGGGGGUGAAUGUAAGAAAUUGUACAUAAGAUUGAUUUAUCUCCAAUUCUUAUUGUAAGUAACGUUGGGGGGUGGAAAAAGGGGCCCUAGCUUGUUCUUGUAUCUGUUCAUUGUAAGUAGCAUAUUGCAACAACAAUCACAACCAAUAAGUCAUUAUAUUGUAGUUUUAAAUAAUGAAAAUUUAAGAACAGUAUUGUCAUGGUCUGAAAACCAUGGGGAAAAUUAACUGUUUUUUUAUUGGAAUCAAGCUACAUAUUAUAUAUAGUACAUUUUUUUUUCUUCCAUGUAUUGCUGCAGUUUUCUUGUCUUAAUCUAUUGGUUCUAACACUACUGUGACAAACUUACUGUAACCAUAUCUAACAUCCUGGGGCUGCCUAGGAACCCAUUUUUUGUUUGUCUGUCAAUAGAUCUUAGAGGUUUUUUUAACUUUUGUUUUUAUUUUUUCCAUGGAUUUGUGAAACCUUGUGGUAAGGCUGCAGCUGGUCCAGGUUCUGCCUCUGGUGACUUGUGAAAUCCAUCUCAUUUUAACUUUACUUUUAAACUUUGGCCUUACAAGCAAAUGUAAGUUAUAUAUAUUUGUACUGAUGAUUUAUAAUCUGCUUUAACAGAAAUAAAUGUUGGUGGUAGAAGCACUGUCUGU